UGGAGGUGAUACGGACUAAACUCGCUUGACUUAGCAGGAUAUUGAACUCGGUGUCCUUUUUCCUGAGCAGUAGACAGCCAUAAGAACGAAGCCCAUCUCUGUGGUUGCUCAUCUCAUAGUGCCCCCGUAUGGACGAUGAGGAGGAUGAUGUGUUUGAGCCAGACCCCCACUGCUGGCGCACCACAUUCAGGGAGAUAAAGUGUGAAGACCGGGGCACACAAACACCUGGCCCAGCCCUGGCACUGAACAACGGCAUGCUGCCCUGUGGAGUCGCAAAGGAGCCCAGACCACUCUUCUACGGCAACGCAGGUUUUCGAUUGCACUUCCCGGCACAUUUUGAGCUUGUUGGGGAUCAGGAAGCGAGGCGACAAGGAAGCGGAGAGGAGCGAAACGGGAUGGAGCAGCUACCCCGGCAGCAGCCUGUGGCGCGCAGUGUGGAGGCCUGCAUUGGUCAGAAACUCCAGCUGAUAGGAGACCAGUUUCACCGGGAACACCUACAACUGUAUCAUCAAAACCAAAGGAACCAGGGGCCGCUGUGGUGGCGCCUGGCCGUAGCUCUGCUCAGCCUUCUGUUUGACAGGGGGUUAAUUGCUGGAGGAGGUGGAGCAGGACGGAGGUGAGGGGGUCUUCCCCUCACAUCCCUUUCCUUCAUCUCUGAGGAACUGGACUCCUAAUGGCACUGUCAAAUCUUAACACGGGUCUGUUUUUUGGGGGGGAAAUAGAAAGGAGACAAAAGGUCACCGCGGGACGGAGACAACCAACUUUUAUAAAAGGUCGUGUGUUUUUUUCUUUCCAAGAAGAUGCCAUGAUGCUCCGAGAUUCCUCUACAGGACAAUGUUCAUAUUUUGGUAUACGUGUGGUGUUGUAGUUUUGUACAGUACAUUGUUCUUGUUAAAUUUUUUGCACUUCAACAUGUAUCCAUCUUUAAUGACCUCCACAGACCCUGGGAAUGCCUUAUUCAGUGUCUUCUGCCAGAAUGAGUAUUGAGCAAUUUUGACAGGCAAGAUGAGAUGGUUAGGAAAUGUGGUGUGAGGUUUUCUUUUCUGAGGUUUCCCAGGUGACCAGUCAAGUUGAUUUACUAAUUUUCCAAAGAGGCAACUUCUCAGAACAAAGCAUUUUGCACCCCACCUCAAUGGAUCAUUUGUCUUUUCUUAUUUCCUUUUUUUUGUCUUUGUGUUUUUUCGUUCUCCUCCAUUUUCUUUGGUAUGGUAUUAAGUAUGAACAUGAUCCCUCAGUUUCAUUCAAAACAUUAGGAACAAAGUAAAGUUUUACGAAAAAGUUUGCACACUAGGAAAUGUAAUCUAAAUAUCUGUUAAUGUGCACAGAUCUUUAUCUCCAGCUACAUUUCAAAUAAUUCGUUUUUUUUU